GGGGGAGUGAGCCAAGUAUUAGAACGUCUCGCUCUCCUCUUCAACUGCCUCAUCUGUUUCUUUUAAUCAAAUAUGGUGCAGAACAAAGCUGUCGUUAAAAACGUCCUAUCUGGAGAUACUGUUAUCCUGAAAGGCAGAGCACGUGCCAAUGGUCCUCCCGCCGAGCGCCUUCUAGCCCUCUCAAACGUUCAAGCUCCUAGACUAGGCAACAAGGACAAGGACGACGAGCCCUUUGCGUUUGCUUCUAGAGACUUCUUGAGAAAGACAUUGGUUGGCAAGGAGAUCAGCUUUGUGUCUGAGUAUACUGUUGGCUCCUCAAAUCCACCCAGAGAAUAUGGUUCUAUUUCCCUGCAAAACGGUGACGAUGUAGCUCAAUUGAUCGUUAAGGAAGGCUGGGCGAAGGCUCGUGAAGGCGGCAAGCGCGGCGAAUCCGAAACGAAUGACAGCUUGGAGACUCUCAAAAACCUUGAAGAAGAAGCUAGAAGCGGAUCCAAGGGAAUGUGGGGAGACAAGCAAAAGGGUCAACGCUCUGUCAAGCAUGGCAUGACCGAAGAUACCAAGACAUUUCUCAACAAGUACAAGGGAAAGCAAAUUGAUGCUAUCAUCGAACAAGUCCGUGACGCUUCUACUUUCCGAGUCUUGCUUAUGCUCACACCUCAAGAGCAUCAAAUGAUUACACUCCAACUUUCUGGAGUUAAAGCUCCUGUUGUCCGAAAGGAUAUACCAGAUCAACCUGACGUUGUAGAGCCUUUUGGUGAAGAGGCCAAAUACUUUGCUGAAUCUCGCUUAUUACAGCGUGGUGUCAAGGUCAUUUUGGAAGGCGCUGCACAAACGGGCAGCACAUUUGUUGGAUCCAUUCUCCAUCCAGCUGGAAAUAUUGCUGAAGCACUUUUAUCUCAAGGUCUUGCAAAGUGUGUUGACUGGAGCAUCACAUUAGUCACAGGAGGACCCGUGAAGCUGAGAAAUGCAGAGCGUACCGCAAAGGAGCACAAGCUUCGCCUGUGGAAGGAUUUUGUCGCAAAGGAAAAGACCUCCGAGUCCGAUUUCGAUGCUCAAGUUGUUAAGAUUGUUACUGGCGAUACCAUCAUUGUCCGCAGCAAAUCAGGAGGCGAGAAGAAGGUUCAAUUUUCAAGCUUGAAGCAGGCACCACGUGGUGCUGGUAGCACUUUGCCCUCUGCAGGCUCGAAAUCCAAGGAUAUCAAGGAAGUUGGCUAUCAGUUUGAAGCCCGUGAAUAUCUCCGAAAGAGACUGGUUGGAAAGCAAGUUCAUGUAACCAUUGAUUACGUUAAACCUGCCCAGGAUGGAUUUGAAGAGAAGGAAUGUGCCACUGUCAAAAUCGGUGAUAGCAACAUUGCCCUUCAACUCGUUGAACGAGGUCUUGCUUCCGUGAUUAGACAUCGUAAAGACGACGAAAAUAGAUCCCCUGCCUAUGACCAACUCGUCAUUGCAGAAACCAAAGCCCAGGAAGCACAGAAGGGAAUUCACAGCACUAAGGAGCAACCAAUCGUUCGAAUUACUGAUGCUUCGGAGAAUGCUACCAAGGCCCGCCAAUUUUUGACCUUUUUGAAACGUAGUGGACGUGUCAACGGUGUUGUUGAUCAUGUUGCUAAUGCAUCAAGACUUUAUAUCUGGGUUCCAAAGGAAAAUUGUCGCUUGACAUUUGUCCUCGCUGGUGUCCGUGCUCCCCGUGUUGCUCGCUCGCCAGGUGAAAAGUCUGAACCUUUUGCUGAGGAGGGCGCCAACUUCGUGUCAAACAAAGUUCUUCAGCGCGAUGUUGACAUUGAGGUUGAAAAUGUCGAUAAGACUGGUGGCUUCGUCGGUAGCUUGUUCGUAAAUGGCGAAAAUCUUUCUGUUUCUUUGCUGCAAGCUGGAUAUGCAUACAUUCAUGAAUACUCUGCAAACGAAUCCAACUACGCUAACCAGCUCUUCUCUGGUGAACGCAUUGCCAAGGCUGGCAAGAAGGGCGUGUGGGCGUCCUAUGAUGAGGACGCCGAAAAGGAGGCUGCACAGGAACAAGAGCAAACCGCAUCCGCCACUCCUAACCGUGAAUACAUUGACGUCAUUGUAUCAGAAGUUAUUGACGGAAACCGAUUGUAUGUUCAAAUUCUUAACGACCAGGCUAGAAAGUUGGAAACUCUUAUGUCAGAGUUUGCGGAUCAUCAUAAGCGAAAUGACGAACCCUCCGUUGCUAAACCCCGCAACGGCGAAGUUGUUAGUGCCAAGUUCACAGAAGACGACAGUUGGUACCGAGCGAAGGUGCGCAAAUCUUCACCUGCUGGCGUUGAGGUAGUUUACGUCGAUUAUGGAAAUUCUGAAGUGAUUCCCUUGUCACGAAUCCGAGCCUUACCACAAAAGUUCAGCUCAUUGCCUCACCAAGCUCAAGAAGCGACACUAUCCUUCGUAAAGGCUCCUGCUAAGGACCAAGACUAUGGUGUAGAGGCAUUUGAGCGUUUACAACAACUUGCUAGUGGAAAGCAACUUGUUGCAAAUGUUGACUCACGCGAUGCUGGAGUUUUGUCCUUGACUCUCUAUGAUCCCGCAAUUUCCACUAGCGCAGAUGCUAGCAUCAACUACGAUAUUGUUCGCGAUGGAUAUGGUCAUGUCAUUUCAAAGACAAGAUAUAGCGGCGGUAAUCAAGAGAUUAUCAAGAAGUUGCAAGAAGGCUUGGCAGAUGCCAAGAGAGAGAGAUUAGGCAUGUUUGAAUUCGGUGAUAACACCCCUACCGAUGAUUAGUGCUGCUUGACGUUCUAUCCCCAAAAAUAACUCGAGAGAUACGAGAUUAAGAUAUCAAAAAAUCAGUUGUUCACAUAAAAGUUUAUGCUUUCAAAAAUAAUAAGUUGACAAUGGAACACUUCACAU